CUCAGUGCGCUUGUAGCCAGCCACCAUGUCUUUCGUGGACACUCUGCGGCAGUGGGAUGAGGCCGUGACCUGCGCUGACAGAGAGGACUGGGCCGAAGCCCUCAGCAUCUUUCUGUCUAUUCAACAACCCAACUCCAAAAUCUGUUUCGACAUCGGCUGCAUCCAUCUUCUCAAUCAAGACCUGGAUGCUGCUGAAAAGGCAUUCGAUUGCAGCAUCCGUAAGGAUGAGCAUUUGGCGGUUGCCUUCUUUCAAAGAGGAAUAACCUUUUACAAAAAGAAGAGGUAUGAGGAGAGCUCGGCUGAUUUUCAGAGAGCUUACAAAGCACUCAGAAACAACCAGCUGAUAGAUUACAAAGCCCUCGGCCUCAGAUACAUCCUCUAUGCAUGCGAGGUUCUCCACAAUAUAGCUCUGGCUGAGGCUCGGCUGGGUAACUGGGAAAAGGCCGAACAAAACCUGGCUAAGGCCCUCGACUACAAAACAGAGUCCAAACUCAGCAUCAUCGACAAAGCUCUGCAGGCAACUCUGAAACAAAAGCAUUUCAAACUAGUCGAGUUCCCCUUAAAAACAUUGUUCAAACCCAACAAGAACUACGUAGCAGAGCUGGAGAAGAAGGACUACCUGGGUAAAGCAAAGGUUCUUGCCUCUGUCGUUCCACAAGACGAGUUCUCUGGAUUUGCCCCAUUACAGCCACAGGUAGAAGACGGUCCAGCUGCUCCUAAAGAACCAGAGGUGCUGAGAGCUCUGGAAGGGGAGGCCCACACCGUGCUGUUUGAGUUUGUUCCUGAGACCAGCGAUGAGUUGGCUGUAGUGCCGGGCAACAUCGUGUUUGUGUUGCAGAAGGGGGCCGACAACUGGGCAUACGUGGUCUUCAAUGAAAGGAAGGGACUUGUUCCUUACAACUACCUGGAACGUUUGGACAUCUCUCUGGGUUCUAAACCAGUAAAGGGUGUGGCUAGACUUCACAGCCGAGAUGCUCCAAGCAGACCAGAGAGGAGUCAAGGUCGCCCUCUCGGCAGCAGCGGGAACACUCAGCAGCAGACCACGCAGCAAACGAACAAUUCUUGCCUGGUCAAAAUCCACUUCACCUUCAACUUCGCCGUCUCGGUGCCACACGGGUCCCCUUACGUGGUUCUGCUAGAGAAGAUCAGCGAGAAGCUGAAAAUCCCCUCCGCCGCGAUCACCCUGAGCUCAGAUGCUCGAGGGAAAAGACUCGUCGACAACAACACGCAGAUGAAGGACGUGUGGAGCGGUGCGCAGGGUGGGCGCAUCACCCUGUGGUGUACUACCAAAGAGCAAAGUGACGGAAAGUCAGAGACUCAGAGAGAGAUUCACUUGGUGGCGCUUCAUUCCUACGAGUCUUCAAAUCCAGAGGACCUGAGCUUUCAGCAGGGAGAUCAAAUCCGAUUGCUCUCCAGAGUAAACCAGGACUGGUUGGAAGGGCAGUGUAACGGGAACACUGGUAUAUUUCCUGCAUCGUUUGCAGAGGAAGUUCCAACGAAUGAACCAUAACUAGUGAAGUUGGAUACGAAUUUUGUUGCACAUGUAACAGAUAAGAAAUAAUUGUAAGCAGUGAUUAAAGUUGUGUUGCAUUCAAGUAUUCAUUAAACAUUACUGAAAUAAAAA